UAAAACCGGAACAAACAAAAGAAACUAAAGCAAACCGGAGCAGCUGCUCGGUGUUAUUGUUGUAGUGAGAUAAGGCAGCACUCACACUCGGGGAACAUUGUGUGCAAAACGGGAUUAUCAUCACUGACGAGCUUUCUUUCCUCCUGGAGAAAGAAAUGGAGUUGAGGAUGAUCGCACGACAUUAGCGACAACACAUCAGGACUUUAUGUUCUUUUAUUUUUUAUUCAAGUUUUUAUUUUUUAAUUAAGCUUCAGCUUUGAGGUUUUAUUCAGUGUUUUUUUAAAUAUAUAUUUUUGGAGUUAUAAUGAAGGGCUCGCUUUCUGCUGUGACGAGGACACGGAGGGGGGGCAGCGGGGCGGCCGGGCUCUUGUACCCGCUGCUCGGUGCGUGUCUCUGGGCUGCAGUGGUCGGGUACAAGCCGGUGAUCAUCGUGCACGGUUUGUUCGACAGCUCGGGGGAUUUUAAAAACUUACAGCGCUUCAUAAACGAGUCUCACCCUGGAACAAACGUGACCGUCAUCGACUUGUUCGACAGGAGCGCCAGCCUGCAGCCCAUGUGGAAACAAGUUGAGGGCUUCAAGGCAGCUAUUUACCCAAUAAUGCAAAACGCCGCGGACGGGGUCCACUUUAUCUGCUACUCACAAGGUGGGCUGGUUUGCAGAGGAAUCCUGUCCACGCUGUCGGACCACAACGUCCAGUCGUUCAUCUCUCUGUCCUCGCCUCAGGCCGGACAGUAUGGAGACACGGACUACUUGAGGUACCUCUUCCCCCAGUUUGUGAAGUCCAACCUCUUCCACCUCUGCUACACCGCGAUAGGCCAGAGGAUUUCCAUCUGCAACUACUGGAAUGACCCCCACCACAGAGACAUGUACGUGAACAGCAGUGAUUAUUUAGCUCUGCUCAACAGUGAGAGACCCAACCCAAACUCAACAGAGUGGAAGAAAAACUUCCUCAAAAUAAAGAAGCUGGUGUUGAUCGGAGGACCGGAUGAUGGAGUCAUCACUCCGUGGCAGUCGAGUCAGUUUGGAUUUUAUGACGACAACGAGACUGUUGUUGAGAUGCAGGAUCAAGACAUUUAUCUAAGGGAUGCUUUCGGUCUGAAGACGUUGGGGGCUCGAGGGGAUCUGAUCGUCUGUACCGUCGCCGGAGUCGAACACGUGUUCUGGCACUCGAAUGAGACCGUGUUCCACACCUGCAUGGAGAAGUGGCUGGAGUAAAACUCUUUGACAACCACACGCAGAUACACACACACACAGAUACACAUCGUGGAGUUUUACAAGCUCACACAUUUCAAAACUCACAAAACUUUUGGGGGUAUACUCGUUCAAAGCCGCUGAUGGUUUCUACUUUUAUAUUCUGUUGAAAGGUUUGUGUUUCUGCAGAUAGAUUACAUUGAAAAGCUCAUCGUGGGGAAAACGAGGGGAGAUUUGAAUGUUUAAGCUUUUAAACUUUGUUGUUAAGAGUUUGAUGAGAAGAUCGACACCACUCUCCUCCUGUCUGUAAGCUGUAUGUGAAGUAACAGCUAGCACACAGUUAGCUUAGCAUGAAGACCGAAGGAAUGAGCAGGUCUGUCUUUGACAAAGAUUUUACUAAAUACACCAAACCAGCACCUUUAAAGCUCAGAAACAAACUUUUAUUUUUGCUUUUCCUUUUAAAAAAUGUUAAGCAGUAAAGUCACAGAAAAGUGGUUAAAGGAGAAUGAUGUGCAGGACGAAGUCUUGGCCAGAGUUCUUCCCUGAAUUAUUGUACAGAUUAAACAAAUAGGAUAUACUUUAUCUACUGAGCUUUGGGUUUUUCUCUGAGGCAGCAUAGUUUGUAACACAAAAUGUAUUCAUUUUGUGUUUUCUACUGUUUCUGUUGGACUAAUCCAGCACAUCACUGUGUGUGCUGCUGAAGUUAUUUCACAGGAAAUAAGCUCAAAGCACAAACUUUCAGGGGCGACACAUGAAACGGCUUCCAUUAAUACAGGUUAAAAUUAUUAUUUUAGCCUUUUCAGGAAGCAAAGGGAACGAUAGAAAGAAUAGGAAAAGAGAUUUAGCCAAAGUGGAGAGGCUGAAACUAGACUCUGGACUGUUUGGGAUAGCUGAGGAGAGACAGGAAAUGUUGGGACGAGAGAGUAGGGGCUGACAUGCAGCAAAGGGCCACGGUCGGGUCCGAACCCACAGCUGCUGCGACGAGGACUAUAGCCUCUGCACAUGGGGCACGCAGCAUAACCACCAGGCUAUCAGCGCUCCUGGACUCCAGACUUUUAAUCCCAAAUUUAAGUUUCAUUCUUUCAUCUCCAUUUUUGUAACAUAGCCUGACAUGGCUGAAGAGUCUUUGGUGGUGACUGCUCUUAAAAUGUAUAAUUUAGUGGCAUGCCCCUUUAAUGUGUAUGAAAAUGUUAGUUUAUUAGGUUAGAAAUACUCAACUUGCAUAAUAACAGUUAAUAUCUAUGUGUGUGUCUGUGUGUGUUUGGACACACAUACCUCAAAACAUCACACACAAACCCAGUGCCUGAGCGACGUUCUGUCAUCCUCUCCACAUGAACAGACUCACUGCCCUGCUCAGCUGAUGAUGCAGUAAUUUAUAUCUUCUUAAUGCUUCUGUUUUAAAGCGGGGAAUCGUAUUCUCAUUGUGUUUGUUUCUUCUUCUUCUUCUUUCUUUUUUUAAAUAGUGUAAAUAUGAUCAUGUUUAAUAUCAUUGUCAUGCAGUGCUUUGGAGCUUUUGUAGAUUCAGCCUUAAAUUUUCCCUACAUGCCUCAGUGUUUCAUGUUCCAUACCGAAGUGCUAAAACACGCUGCCUUUAGUGACGGUGCUAAAAGAAAUGUUGGAGAUGAGUGUGGAAAGAACAGAGAGUGGCAGUGCUAUAUUAGUGUUUACUUGUCCACCUGACUAGUGUACAUGGCAGUCUUUACCUCCCAUCGCAUUUAGAUAUCUCAGGCGUCAUAGCAACCUUCUUGUUUGUCCGUCUUUUUCAGUAAAGGGAAACUUUUUUUUUUUAAAUUGAUGUUUGCAGUUUAUUGGAUAUUUAUGGAUGCCUGUUGUACUUUGAUGUUUCUUCAAAUAUUAAGUAUUUACUUUUACAUUGUGUGGUUAAACAAGAAGUGAAUUACUAUUGUAGAGGAGAUAAGUACAGAUUGCACAUUAUUUAUCCAAAUGAAAAGAAGUGAAAGGGGAAGAUGGGAUUAUUUUAACUGUUUUUAAAGUUGUACAAAUAUCAGUAUUAUUUGAAUGUUGUUGCAUCCUUUGUUUGAUAUUCGCUCGCUGAAAUCGAUUUGCGUAAAAAAAUGCAGGUUUACUAAGGGAAGUCCUCUCUGUUUUUUGUUUUCUUGCUUCAAAAAACAGUAAAUGUGGACAUUGACCAUUUUUAACCAAACAGAAACUUCUAUUUUGUCAAUCUUCUUCAAUUUCUACAGUACUUGGACUACAAAUGAAACUGUGUCAAAUUAAACCAAUUCCUCAAUAAAAGACGGGUUUAAAAAUCUC